AUAUUUUAUCCGUAUGAAAUCAUCACAGAACUACCGUGUACCCUGGAGGCCUGAAAAACAGACCCAUCAUUGUUUCAACAGCAUAAUAUUGCAAUUAGGUUACAUUUACUCACUAUGGAAAUAUCUUUCGGGGAUAAAAGGGCACUGGUUACAGGAGCAGGGAAAGGUAUUGGCAGAGAUCUUGCGAAAAGACUCGUCGAAUGUGGUGCUGAGACAUACGCACUCAGUCGAACAAAGAGCGACUUGGAAUCCCUUAAAAAAGAGUGCCCAGCUAUUCACACGAUACAAUGCGAUCUUGCCAACUGGGAUGAGACAGAUAGAGCUGUAAAAUCAUGCGGAGAUAUAGAUUUGCUUGUCAAUAACGCUGCAGUUGCAGAACUCGAAUCUUUCCUAGAAAUCACCAAAGAUUGUAUUGACAAGCAUUUUGACAUCAAUGUAAAGGCAAUGAUUCAUGUUUCUCAGAUAGUUGCAAAAGGCAUGGUAGCACGGGGAACGGGUGGAAGUAUUGUCAAUGUAUCAAGUCAGGCAUCAAAAGCAGCAUUGUGGAAUCAUACAGUUUACAGUGUAUCCAAAGCAGCUGUGGAUCAAUUAACAGCAAUGAUGGGAGUAGAACUUGGACCUUACAAGAUAAGAGUUAAUGCAGUUCUACCGACAGUUACAAAUACAGCCAUGGCGUUAGUCGGAUGGAGUGAUCCAGCAAAAGCUGAUCCUAUGAAAGCAAGAAUUCCACUGAGAAAAUUUGCAGAGGUUGAAGACGUUACCAAUGUGAUUCUAUAUUUAUUAAGCGACAAAGCAGCAAUGAUCAAUGCAACUUGCAUUCCUGUGGAUGGUGGAUAUCUAGCAACAUGAGCAAUCAAUGAUUAUUAAAAUUGCAGAAUUGGACCUGGAUAAAAUAUUAUUGAACUUGGUUACUUUGAUUUGAUUAUUUUGAUUACUGUCACUGCAAUUAUAGACAUCCCACCACUGCUUGCUUUUUUCAUUUAUAUAUUUAAUCAUGAAGAAUCAUUUUUGUUGUAAUGUAUGUGCCAAAUAUUUCUGUUAAUCAUGAUGUUGAUUGAUCAAACAAUGUAUUGAUAUGUUCUCCAACAGUUUCUGGUGUAUGUUUCAAAUACUUCUCAAUAUUCUUUGUAAAUUGAACCAUUCUGUACCUAGAAAUUAUAAGAGCAAAGCACAGUUUAUUAAUUUUCAAGCUUGCAUUUGACCCCAGUCACCUUACAUUAGGGGUUAUAUAUAUAUCAUCUCCAUCCACAUGCAAGGCUGGUAAUAAUGUUUUUUAUAUGCUGAAAGGGUCGAUUCCUCAGUGUAGUGUCAAAUCGAUAUAUUAGUAGAAUCCCAGCUAUAGAAUGGGAGCUUGUGCCUCUGCUAUAUUUCUCAUGAUAAAGCUCAAUUUGAACAAAAGGAACACAGCAUAAUUAUUCGAGUGGGAUGACCUUUCUUACCUAGCCUAAAUUUAUACCUCAU